AUGGUUCAGUCUAAAAAACUCAUCUUUAUUCUAUUUGUGUCAAUUUCUUUGCUUCUAGUUCCAGCAAGUGCUAUCAGAGGUUUUCUUGAAGAGCCAAGUACAAAGAUUGAUGGGUAUUUGAGAUAUGUUGAAUCACCAGAGUAUCGUAAUAGUGAACAAUGUCCAAUUUUAGGGUCAAAUAAUUUAAUUUGUGACCCAAAUUUGAUACAUGUAGCUAUGACUCUUGAUUCCCAUUAUUUGAGAGGUUCAAUAGCAGCUGUUCACUCAGUUCUCAAGCAUACUUAUUGCCCAGAAAACAUUUAUUUCCAUUUUGUAACCACCAAGGAUUCUGAUUUUCAAGAAUUGACACAGAUGGUGAAGUCAAUAUUUCCAUCUCUGAGUUUCAAAGUUUACAUCUUUGAUGAAUUUCGGGUAAAGAAAUUGAUAUCAUGUUCCAUUCGUCAAGCUCUUGAUAAUCCAUUAAACUAUGCUAGAACAUAUUUAGCUGAGAUCAUUGAGCCUUGUGUUGAAAGGGUUAUUUAUCUUGAUUCUGAUGUCAUUGUUGUUGAUGACAUACAAAAGCUAUGGUCAAUUGAAUUAACUGGUUCAAGAAUCAUUGGAGCUCCAGAAUAUUGUCACGCAAAUUUCAGAACAUAUUUCAAUGACAACUUUUGGUCUGACCCAAAGUUAUCAAAGGUAUUUCAAGGAAAAAAACCUUGUUAUUUUAAUACAGGGGUGAUGGUUAUGGAUUUAGGGAAAUGGAGAAAGGGAGAUUCUACUGCAAAGAUUGAAAAAUGGAUGGAAAUACAGAAGGAAAAAAGGAUUUAUGAAUUGGGAUCACUGCCACCAUUUAUGUUGGUAUUUGGAGGAGAUAUUGAAGGAAUUGAUCAUAGAUGGAACCAACAUGGUCUUGGUGGAGAUAAUUUGGUGAAUAGUUGUAGAACAUUGCAUACAGGUCCAGUUAGUUUGUUGCAUUGGAGUGGUAAAGGUAAACCUUGGGUUAGGCUUGAUCAAGGGAAUCCUUGUCCUGUUGAUCUUUUAUGGGAACCUUAUGAUCUGUUUAGACAAAGCUCAAAUGAUUCUUUUGGCCAGCAAGAGCAAUGAUUGUUUAUGAUUCGGUGUAUAGAAGUUAAAAUUCUUUAGUGAUAAUUUUUUGAUUCUUUUUUCCACAUUUGGAAGAAGUGAGAACUUGAUCUAGUAUUACGUACAUGGGACGAUUUUGAUAGAGUACCCUGUGAGUGAUUUUUUUUGUGCAUAGAGCAAAUGUUUUGUAUAAAGCGAUUAUUCUGUUAGGGCUUUGCCUAAUUUUUAUCAUAUUUGAGUUUUAUUUUACUA